AUGAAGACGGGUAUUGUUCCACAGCCAACGCCUACCCAAGCAUGGUUCUCCGCUAUUGAACGUUUUAAGCCCCUGAAUCAAAUUUCUUCCACAAUUCCUUCCGGACUUAUGAUUGAAGAGUCUCCAUUAUCAUUUCCAUCUGAGCUGAGGAACAUUAAAUAUCUUACAAACCCUCUUCCACAUCCCCCCUCAAGACAUAUGGUAGAAAGAGCUUUUAGAGAGCUAGGCUUGGCACGUCCAAGGGGACCCUAUCGGCCAAAAGGAAAGACAAGAUACUUAGCUGCCUUUCCUAACCAAAUAUGGCACGUUGAUAUCCACUUUCUUGGCAAAAAGAGAAGUCAGAUUCUUUAUGCUGUGAUUGAUGACUGCACAAGGCUCAUCAUAGAAUGGCAGCAUCUUUCGUCAAAACAUGCUAGCCAAACAGUGAAAGUAUUUAAGAGAGCAAUAGCCCGUUAUGGACCACCACAUACAAUUUGGUCCGAUAAUGGCGGCGAGAAUAAAGGCGAGUUCCUAAAGGCUAUGAGGGUUCGGGGGAUCAAUAAUGUAUAUAUUGUCCCCCAUUGCCCAUACCAAAAUGGGAAAAUCGAGCGCUUGUGGCCUAACAUAGAGAGCAGAGAGUUGUCAUGGGCAAAGAUUCAACAAUGGGUUGAGUACUAUAAUGCUAAACCUCAUCUAGCAUUACCAACUCAUUAUGUGAAUGGAAAACAAAUUCACUAUAGCCCAUCUGAAAUGUGGAAGAAACUUCCAAUUUGGAAGAGGGGAAUGCCGGCAAAAUGGAUUGUGGAUGGAGUCUCUCAAGGUUCACUUAUGGCCAAUGAGAUGCCAGAGCUCCAAGGAAUCGAAGAAGAUGAAUGGGAAAAAGAAGGCGAGGAAGUUGAAGAAGAAGAAAAUAAGGCGAAUCCGGUUGAAAUAGAAGAAGAUAGUAAUGAAGAAGAAGAAUACGAAGUAAAUUAUGAAGAAGAAUAUCAAGAAGAUUAUGAAGACCCUUAUGAAGAAGAUUAUGAUGAUUCAUUUUAA